CAUGCGUCAUCUCCGGAUGAAGUUCAGCGCGGGUUGUUGCUAACGUGAGGAGAGUUGAUAUUAUGAAAAUAAAGUCUUUAAUUCCUCAUUAUUUGUGUGUAAUUAAAUCAAAUUCAUUCUCGAGUGAGAGUUGUGGAGAUCUGUGAUGAUGGCGGAAGACACGGACUCCGUUCCUGACAGGGAAAUGAAGGAUUUUCAGUUUCGUCAGCUGAAGAAAAUCCGUCUGUUUGCUCCACCUGGUGAUUUACCCAAAGAACGCUCAAAUCUUCUUGCUGUCUCAAAUAAAUAUGGUCUGACGUUCGCUGGCCAAGACGGAACGCUCAAAGUGUUCUUGACGAGAGACGUCAUGGCCGUCGGGCACGUGGAGGCAAACCCUAACGAAAUAGUGGAGAACGUGAGCGCUGUCACAGUGAGCGUCCACAUGUCCAUGCAUCAUCUGGCUUUGAGCAGCGAUGAGCUCACGCUGUCUGUGUGCGGCAUGCAAGACGCCGCCGAGCUCACAGUAGACUUCUACGACGUCCGCACCUUCUACAACAAGUCCCGACAGGAGAAACGUCCCUUCGCCUCCUUCGGUCCAGCAGCUACAUCAAACGUUGUUCUCCAGGACCUGAAGUGGAGUCCGGUGGACGCGUCCCGUCUGGCCCUGUGUCUGUCUGACGGCAGUAUGAUGGUGCUGGACGUCCAGGACUCUGUUAAUGUGCUCGCUCAGCAGCCUGCGUCUGCGGGGGUCACCUGCGUUUGCUGGAGUCCUAAAGGGAAGCAGGUGGCUGUUGGGAAACAGGACGCUACAGUAGUUCAGUUCACACCUACCUUACAGGCCAAGAAAGUGAUUCCAUGUCCCAGAUUCUACAGUCAGGAGAAUCCUGUCACAGUCCUGGACGUGUUGUGGCUGAGCACAUACAGCUUCGGUGUGGUCUACGCAGCAGCCGACGGCUCUCUGGAGACUCCACCUGACCUGGUGAUGGUGUCACUUCCUAACAAAACCGACCAGAGGACCGAGCUCUAUAUGAACUUUAAUGACCUGGUGUUUGGAGCCUGCACUGUGAGACAACACCAUUUUUAUCUGUGCCACAUCGAAGACUGGGAUCUCGUGUUGGCCGCGUCAGCCGCUUCUGCUGAGGUCAGCGUCAUCGCCAAACAACCAGACAAGGUGAACUGGGAGCUGUGGUUACUGGAGGACGCCAGCAGAGCCGAGCUGCCAGUCACAAUGGACAGUGAAGACACACUUCCUGUGGGCGUGGCUAUAGAUUACACCAGUCAGGAGGAGAUACAGCUGUCUGAUGAGAAGAGGGUUCCUCCAGCCCCGACACUGAUGAUACUGUCAACAGACGGAGUUCUGUGUCCAUUCUCUUUACUCAACCUCAACCCCAGGGUCAAACCUCUGACCAACGCCACCAGCCCGCUGCCCGUUGAUUGCGAGAGAGCUCCUUACACCAAGUCUCUCUCUGCACCUGCUGUGUUUGCCGCCAUCCCGUCUUUCCCAGCAUCCUCCAGCUCAGCCCCGCCCCUGGCCUCCUUAACCUUCGCUGCCCCGCCUCCAGCCUAUACAUCUACUGCAGCUCCGCCCCCAGGCACUGCAGCCCCGCCCCCUGCUUGUGUUUCGUCCUCCGCAGGUUUCUCCUUCUCUCUUCCCGCUCAGGGCUCUGUCGCCCCCUCCCACUUCUCCCUCAACUCCACCUCGUCCAGCUUCUCCUUCAGCGCUCCCAAGCCCUCCUCAGAGGCUCCCUCAGGCUUCUCUUUCGGCUCCGCCGCUCUGAAGGAGGUCAGCAGCUCCACUCCACAGCGGAUGGCAACUCCCAUCAUCAGCACCCCUAAUAUCCCAGCGGAACCCGCCCCACAGCGGAUGGCAACUCCCAUCAUCAGCACCCCUAAUAUCCCAGCGGAACCCGCCACACCGGCGGUCAGAAUGAACCUCGCUGACAGGUUUUUGGCCGUGGAGACACCAGCCUCAUCCAUCCAGCCGUUUUCUCUGACGUCCACCCCUAAACCAGCAGCGUCAGAUCCCAUCAGUCAGCCGGCAUCAGUGCUGAACUUCAGCAGAGCUCCUCCAGCCAUGUCACGCCCCGCUCAAAGCUUUGCACCUCCACUCGCUGUGCAGAAAACUGCUCCGGUCGCCCCGCCUGCGUCCACCUCUGCACCGUCUGCGCAGGGCGUUUCUGCGAAAACCCCUGAGAAACGUCUACAGCAGAAGAAAGUUUUGGACCCCGUCAUGGUCGGAAUCCACGAGGAGAUCGAACACUUUCAGAAGGAGCUGGACGAGCUGAAGACUCGCUGUAGGAACUUCGACUUCAUAGUGGGCAGCACAGACGAGAUGAGAGAGCUCCGGAAAGAAUCGGAGAACUUGCACACCUUCGCUGGGGAGAUCAAAGAAACCACCGAGUCUGUGCAUGGAGACAUCAGAAUGCUGAAGACCAGCCUGCUUGAGGGCUUUGCCGGAGCAGAAGAAGCCACAGCCCAGAGCGAACUCAACCGAGAUAAAGAUUACCUGCAGCUGCUUUACAAGAAACCGCUGGACCCUCGACGAGAAGAACAGCUCAAGGAGAUCCGCCGCAUGUAUCAGUAUGUGAAGUUUGCCAUGGAGGACGUGAACGAUGUUCUGGACCUGGAGUGGGAGAAACACUUGGAGAAGAGAAAGAAGCAGAGGCACAUGGUGGUACCAGAAAUAGAAUCUCUGUUUGCUGCUCUGGCCAAUCAUCUUGACAUCAUCCACCAGCAGAAUCAUCGUCUGGAGAAGCUGCUCAAUGACCUGCACAAACUGAGACUCUACAAACGCACGUCAGCGUGGAGUUUGCCCAGCCGGACCCCCUCAACACCUUCACAAGAGAGUUUGGACAGUGAGCUUGAGAGUUUGAAAGACGCUCUUCUGAAAGCCAGUCUGGAUACGGCACCCAGAGCUCCUGUCAAAUCACCAUCUAAAAUGACUCCAGCCAAGCAGACGCAGCUGAGGAACUUUCUGUCUAAGAGGCAGACGCCACCGGUGCGAUCCACAGCUCCUGCGAAUCUGUCUCGCUCAGCCUUCCUGUUCCCUCAGUAUUCUGAGGAUGAGGUGAGCUCCACCUCCUCGCUCUCUCAGCCUCUCGAGCCGGAGGACACAUUGGCUCUGGCAGAAGAAGAGGAGGAACCUGGACCCAUCCCCAUCGUGAUGCCCUCUGUCCUGCGGCACCCAGCGGUGGUCCGCACGCCCUCCAUACAGCCCGGCUUCAUUAUGCAGUCUGCUCCGUUCGGUAGAGUCCUGACCGGCCCAGUUCCCGUCAUUAGUAGCGCACCGAAGAUAAUCAUGGACAGCGCAGACAGCACAGCAUUAGCUACCAAAACCGUGAAGCACGGAGCCCCGCCCACCGAGAGGACCACACCCACCACUAUCCCCGCCACUCAGGCUGCAGCAAGAGCCGCUCUCAACAGAUACAUGAGCAGCCAGAAACCAGGAGCUCCUCUGACCGAGUCCACUCUCAAGGUCGUUCCUCAGGUGGUCAACGUGCAGGAGCUGAGAGAUGAUGGACCACCGGCACCCGUGUCCACUGUCAUCAGCUCGUCGGUUCCCACUCCAGCAGCUCAGGUGGUCCAGCAGGUUUUGGCUACAGUGGAGGCCAGUAAAAAUUCGUUUCAAGGAGGUUUAAAGGUCUCGGCGCCUCUGGCAGGAGCCGCUCAAAGCACACCAGUGGGUUUUUUGUUCGCUGCAGCAGCAGACGCAGGCGUAACUUCAUCAUCCGCCACUGACAGAAACUCAAAGGCUCCUUCAAGCUUCUCUUUCUCAGCUGCGCCUGGGUUCAGUUUCACAAGUACCUCUCAGUCACAGGACAACACUCAAGCUAAGAGUUCCACUCUUCCAGGCAAGUUCUCUUUUGCCAGCGGUACAGCAGCUAAGAAGGCAUUUGGCUCAGCGGGAUCUGAAGAGUCCUUUUCCUUCGCUCCCAAACUGACGUCUCCUGCACAGAACGUGAGUUCCUCCACUCCUCCUCCUGCUUCAGCCGAGACCGCAACACUCCCACCGGCUCCCAAAGCUCAGGGCGGAGCCGGAGAGACCCUCGGCUGUUUCUCUGGUUUACGCGUAGGCCAAACUGACGAAGCCUCCAAAGCCAUGAGUUUCUCUUUUGGAUCAUCCAGUAACGGAUCUACAGGAUUCACGUUCAGCCCUCCUCAGAUCAAGCCUGUGGAAAGUGCCGCUUCAUCCGAUUCAGUAGUUCCUAAAGCCGAGGGUCCCAAGACGACUACACUGCAAGCAUUUGGACUGUCAUCUACGUUCCCCUUUAAACCACAGGAGGGAACGCCUCUGUCAACAACCCCAGCUUUCACAAUUCCAUCAACAACAUCUUUUCCUCCAUCCGCCACCUCGUUCGGCAGUCUCUUGCAGGCACCUCUUCCCGAGACUGUGACAAAGUCCCCGCAAACGGAGGCGUCUUCAUCAACUGAGCUAGCUGUCUCUGAAGUAAACGAACCCCCGGCAGAUCCCAGUUGUGAACCCACAACGUCAGUGACCCCAUCCACCAAAUCUACUCCUGAAGGAGCUGCUUCCUCCCAACCCGCUAGUGUCGAUACCACUGUUCCGUCUACAGACACGCCCUCAGUGCCUUCUGCCCUCACCCCAGAGGUCACACCACCACCACCGGCUACAGUUACCCCACCAGUCGAGGUGACACCCGUCACCAAACCCCCUGCAGACACCGUCUCUGCUCCUGCCUCUGAGGUCACCACCGGUCCCGCACCCACCCCUGCGUCCCAAGAACCCCCAGCAGCAUCAGACGCCACACCUUCAGCUCCGCCAUCAGACAAGCCAGGAUCUAUUUUUGCCCCAACGUCGGGCGGCACAGACGGUCCAAUGUUAGGAGCCGUCAAUCUCACCCCAGUCGUGAGUACGGCAGCACCAUCCACCCCGUCAAACCCGCCGGUGACCAGCACGCCGAGCGCAGCUCCCGUCGCAGCGUUCGGUCAGCCUCCGGCUGCCGCAUUUGGAUCUCCAGGUUUUGGCACUCCUGCCGCCUCUGGCUUCAGCAAACCGGCGUUUGGACAGAGUACCGGUGCUGGUUUUGGCCAGCCGGCAGCCCCAGGCUCAGCUAGCGGCUUCACGUUUGGGCAGUCGGCGUUUGGCGGUGCUGUGUCUGGAUUUGGUCAGCCGGCCGCACCUGCAGCUGUUACCACAACCUCCAGCGAUGGAGGAGGACUGUUUGGAUCCUCGACAGGCAGUGGUGCCAGUUCAUUCUCGUUCGCCGCCCCCACCAGUUCAGCCAGCAGUACAGGUGCUGGACACUUCGGUCAGAGCAGCGCGCCGGUCUUCGGACAGCCCAGCUCAGGCUUCGGGCAGGGCUCUUUAUUUGGCAAUAACACGACUACAUCCUCCUCUUCUGGAUUCGGCUUCGGACAACAGUCAGGGUUUGGCAGCAGUACGGUCUCUUCGUCUGUGUUUGGUCAGCAGACCAGCGGUACUAGCGUCUUUGGUCAGGCUCAGUCCGGCGGAGGUCUGUUCGGUUCCUCCGCAGGAACCGCGUCAUCUGGAUCCGGGUUCUUCAGCGGUCUCGGAGGCAAACCCAGCGAAGACGCCGCCAACAAGAACCCGUUUGGAUCGACAGGCGCAGGAGGCUUCGGUCAGAGCGUCGCUGCAGCAGGUUCCAGCAGUCUGUUUGGGAACAGUGCGGCUAAAGGCUUAAGUUCGUUCGGCGAGCAGAAGACCAGCGGUUCGUUCAGUACCGGAGCGGGAUCUGUGGCGGCGCAGGGCUUCGGGUCAUUCUCAACACCCACCAAACCAGGAGGUUUCGGCAACCCCCCCUUGUUCGGCAGUCCUCCUUCCUUCGGUGGCUCACCAGCGUUCGGAGCUCCGUCCAAUUUUGGCCCCGCCCCUUCCUUCAGCAGUCCGCUGGGUGGCUCCUCCUCCACAGGGAAGGUGUUCGGAGAGGGCACUGCGGCCGCCAAUGUGGGCGGAUUCGGGUUUGCCUCACCUUCCAACGCACCCACCUUCGGCAGUAUAGCCAAUCAGAAUACAGCGCCUCCGCCAUCGUUUGGGAGCAUAGCCAAUCAGAAUACAGCACCGCCGCCGUCGUUUGGGAGCAUAUCCAAUCAGAAUACAGCACCGCCGCCGUCGUUCGGGAGCAUAUCCAAUCAGAAUACAGCACCGCCGCCGUCGUUCGGGAGCAUGGCACAGCAGCCACCAGGGUUUGCAGCUCCGAACACUGGAUUCCCCGCCUUCGGCUCCCCUGGAGGAGUGACAGGACAUACGCUACAGACAUGCAUCUGCGGAUGGUCGAAGAUAACAUCAUACCGGGGUCUUAGAAUCCAUCAGGGCAAGAUGAAGUGCCUGACAAAGUUUUAACUGGUUCCGGUUUUGGGAGUUUUGGAAACGCAAACACCAACCAGUCAUCAUCGUCUCAGACGUUCAGUAGUUGGAGAAGUUAAUGAUGUUUCUCAUUGGCAUUUUAUCGAGUGACAUUGAAGAUCGAUAGAUUUUAUUUUUGUGUUUACAAGAAUUGUUUCAUUGAAAUAUUCAGAGCUUUGACAUAUUUUAUGUUUUCUGACAAACUGUUCAGUUCUGUUUUAACCUGCACAAUUAAAAAUAAACUCUAACACUGUU